UGGGAGAAUUUUUCUUCCUGUUCUUGUUUCUGGAGGAAACUUUGUUACUCCUUCAUUUUAAAUCCAGAUUUGAGCGACAUAUAUCUGCCGGAUUCCCUGAAGAAGGGCUUCAUGAGGAUAAAGCUUUGGUGGCCUUUAACAGCCCCCAACAACAACCACCACUACCACUACUACCACCAUCACCUUCACUUCAUAGUACUGCUACACCCUAGAACCCUAGAACCCCGGGUGUUAUACGCUAGUAGGGCAAGAAGAAGAUGCAGGAACUUAACAAGGAAAAGAGAAGUGCUGAUGACUUCGUCUCCUGGUCAGGGUGUUGCCCCGUCAUCUUGUCUUCUCUUCACUCUUAAGCAAGUUUUUAUUUAGACCAUUGACGAUUUAAGGCACGAUGAAGCGGGGUAGAGAACAAAUACCAGAGGAGGAGCCCCUGUCUAAACGCAUCAAUAAUCUUCACCUGGAUGGCUCAUCUGCCAUGCUCAAUGGCUCAGCCUCUGGUUUGGCUUCACCUGGUAACCUGCAUAACUUAACUGGUAACCCUUCACUCACUGAGAAUAAUGAAAAUUCUAUUCAAGAUAGAUUAACAGGUUUACCAAUUGUGCCUAUAACAAAUGGGCUUGUAAAUGGUACAUCCAGCCCUUGUGUUAAUGGCAUUGGUCCUGGCAGUACAGGAAAUUUGAGUGACUUUGAAAGAGUAACAAAUGAGCUCAUAGCCCAAAGGGAACUACCUGAGUCUCUGAACAUAGCAUACCCUAGCCUGAACCCUACUGAUAAUGACCAAUAUUUUAACUUCAAUAAGUUAUUGCAUGAUUUACAUAUUGAAAAGUUAAAAAGACUGGGCAAGGUUCCUCUUUGAAACCAUGCAAGAUAGUCAAAUCGGGUCUUUGAAAGUAAAAAAGUGAGAGGGUACUGUUUGAUCCUAGUAAUUGAAAUGGUGUAAAUUUAGCAAUAAUGAUUAUAUAUUUCUAUUUGAAUCAGAUGACAUCAUACAUGAUGUAAAUAAUAAUGUGAUUCUGAGAUUAGACAUAUAAAUGUCAGUGGUGUGUUUUGGAACCUUACUAUUUAUGCGGCAGCUUGUGUGGGUUAGAGAGUGAGUGACUGACUGACUGACUGACUGACUGACUGACUGACUGACUGACUGUGACUGUGUGACUGUGUGACUGUGUGACUGUGUGACUGUGUGACUGUGUGACUGUGUGUGUGUGUGUGUGUGUGUGUGUGUGUGUGUGUGUGUGUGUGUGUGUGUGUGUGUGUGUGUACACUCGCCUAGUUCUCACCUAGUUGAGGUUGCAGGGGCUGAGUCCAAGUGUGUGUGUGUGUGUGUGUGUGUGUGUGUGUGUGUGUGUGUGUGUGUGUGUGUGUGUGUGUGUGUGUGUGUGUGUGUGUGUCGUGUGUGUGUGUCAUGUGUACUUGAAAGAUUCACAUUGGUACAUCUCACCUUAAUUUCUGAAAUUUUAAAAAGAAUCUCAUGUUUGGCAUACCUAUUUCUUUCUAAGAAAUUCAUCACUUAGCUAUAUUAUUAAUGCCUAUUUAUGCUGGAGAAUUUAUUUAUUACAUAUAUUUAGAGAUUAUAGUAUUACCUAGUUUGACAUCAUGAGAAUGUUUAAAGUAAAGUGAAAUGUUAACGAUAAGAAUGCAUACGUGUUUAAGUUGAUCUAGAUUACACUUAAGAAAUGUUUCCAUUUAUGAUAUCUUCUGUCAAACUGGUCUACUGCUACAAGUAUUUUCAAAAUUGUUGCUCACUUAUUAUGAAAAAUACUUAACUCUUUAUUUUUACCUUAUGAGUAAAUUUAGUUUGUAUGCCUCAUAGGUAUUUUUCUUUGCAAUUUAUUAAUUCUGCAUUUGCAGAAUAUAAUGUCAUAGGUUUUGUUAUGUAUCUAAAAUCUUUGAAAGUUUGCCAUACAUGUAUAUUGUUUUGAAUGUCCAUUUCAUUAAGGAAACACACAAUUCUUUGUAACUCCUCCCUAAAACCCAUUGAAUGUUGUUUGAAAUAUAAUCAUGUGAUUUUGUGCUUACAGUUUGAAUUAUUCCUCUGAAGUGCAUUCCCAGAUUGUACUGUUUAGCAAUUUGGGUUGUACUCACCAAAACAUAAAUUGUUUAUUGUAGUUUGAUUGCAUAAAAAUUGCUGAAUUGUUAAUUUUUUAACAUGCUCCUUGUACAGCAUUUAAUACCUUUAGCCAGGUUGCUAGUUGUCAAUGAGUACUAUCUCUUAGUAUCAUGUAGGCUACUGGCAUACCUGUUUAGUCAUCAGACAUACUACUGUCAUUCUCUCAUGUACAUUCUUCAGAGAUCAUCCGAUUGUCUUCGACCAUUUUAUCAUCUUUGUAACAUGGAUGUUGUGGAGAAAUCACUCUCUGGUCAUUACUACUUGUUUAUCUGUACUAUUAUGUACCAUGUGGCUUAGUAAACAUUGUAUGAUGUGUCAUGUAUGUCUACAACAUUUAACUGUCUGUGGAAUAACUUUUUUGUACAGUAAUUGUACAGAAUAUAGAUGUUCCGUGUAGCUGGUUUCCUUGAAAUAGAUGUUUAGACAGACUUCAUAGUAUCCAUUAAAUUUUCACAAGUUAAAUGUAGGAAAAAAAUUUUUUAAUGUAACCCCCUAUUAGUUAUAGUACUGUGGAACCUUGGUACUUGAACUUAAUUCGUUCCAGAAGCUGUUCGAGUGCUGAUCUAUUCAAGUACCAAACAAAUUUUUCCCAACCAAUUUUCUUUUUGAUUGGCUAUUAUGACUAAUCUUCUUAGGCUCCAUGGUAACUUAUUUAAACAAAUAUAAAAAAAUACCAAAAAAUGCAAAGGAACAUGAAAUAGUUCACAGCGAAGUUCUGGUAGGUCAUGUUUGUUUGGUCGAGUGCCGAGGAAAUGGUCAACUGCCGAGUGAUUUUUUUACUGAACAAAGUUUGAAUACCAAAUUGUUCAAGUAGGAAGCUGUUCGAUUACCAAGAUUUCACUGUACUUGAUUGAAGCAUAACUUGACACAGUUGUUGUGAUAAAACAAUUCAAGAGUGUUUGAGAGAUGCAGUUUCAAAAAAAGAGUUUGUAGGGGUUUUGUACGAGCAAGGCAGUCAAAAUUUUGUGUGUUCUUCAGUAUACAAAUUUAGAUGGUUUCAUUCUUUCCUGGACCAUUAUGAAGUCACAGCUGUUCUUAACUAUUAUUUUAAAACUUUCUUAAAGCAUCAAACAGGUUGAUGCAGAUUGUUAGGGAGGGUAGUUUUAAUGUUGUAAUUAUGGCAUAUCUCUGAAUUCAUUUAUAUGGCCUAUUAUGGUAUAAACUGGUAGAGAAUUGAAUCCAUCACCAGAUGCAAUUUGAUAACACCAUUCUCUUUUCAUCUUAACAUUCAUUAUUAUAUUCUUUGUAAAUAUUCCUUUUGCCAAGUUGUUUUGGAAAAUAAUGAAUUGUUUUCUAACUAUACCUGGUUUCCAUUGCAAUCAAUUAUGAAAACUCUUUGACUUAAGAAACUCAAUUUAUGUGAAGGUUUCAACAUUGGUAAAGUAUCUUGGCCCAUAGAGAGCCUUUGCUAUGGGCCAUUCAGAAAAUGGAUUUUUUUCCAUUACUAUUCAGUACUCUGUAUAAUUUGAUGGAUCACAAUUGUGAAAAACCAGCACGCUAUUUCUUUGUAGUGAAUGUCAAGUAGCUAACAAACUACGAAAGUCAAAUACACAUAUCAGGUUAGGCCUCUCAUUAAACGAUGCCUUGCUCCUAGAGUUUUAGCAUCAUAUUGUAUACUGUAUACAGUACCAGUAUAUCAAGUAUAGAGACUUAAUAAAAUCCGAACUUAAGGGGGCUACAGGGCAAAUUUCGUAACUCGUUUAUUUACCGUCCGAUUUUCUCCAGUUUUGGUGCACAAGACAAAGUGUUCUCACUCUUUCUUGAAAAUAUUUAUAAAAAAUAUACCUCAAACAACAACUGAGAAAAGACUGAUUUACUGAAAAUGCCCUUGAUGUUGAUGUAACUCUUAUAUGCGGCUACGUAAGGUGGUUUGGACACUUGGUGCCGAGAGAACAAUGCUAAUACUAAUUCGGACCGUAAGAUUUCCCUCUAAAUACCUUAUCGUUAUUUCACAAAAAAAUAAAGUUUGUUAGUAUCUGGAAUAUGGCAAAAAAAUCUGCCCUUUACUCCCACAUAACUCCCGAAGUAUUUGGAAUAUUUCCAAAAAUUCUACGGUCAAAAUAAGAGAAAUCAUUAUUUUACAAUAUCUGUGAAUAUUAUUCCAUUUAAUUAAGUAAUAAAGGACCCACAUCAAAUUAUAGGUGAAUAAGUUACUUCCGAGAUAUCGGCCGGGAACGCCGGCCGGCCCCCGUCUCAAAAAAAAAAAAAAUUUUUUCGCGAAAAUCGCGUUUGUUUGGGUGUAUUUCUUAGUAAAGUGAUGUUCUAGUGCAGUUAGCCUCUAAACACCGUUUUCUCUUACUCAGAGACGACAGGGUGACCAGUUACACUUUUAUAUCGAAAUAUUCCCGAUAAUCUCUGGGCCAUAUUAUGGCCUAUUUUAUUCAGUCUAGAGUAUAUAACAUGUUUGUAUAUUAUUUAGAGUGUUUAUUAUAUCAUAUUAGAUCAAUUCUGAUAGACAAAUAAGCCGUAGAGUUGAUAUAUAAGCUGAUAUAAGCGAAAUAAUGGGUGAUUCCUGGCUGGCACCUCGGGAGCAGGAACACUGCUGAGCGUUCCCGUCUGGUUCCCGGUAGUCACUAAGUCUGCCGAUAAGCUCCACCUACUGUUUUAUGAUGCCAAAUAGUCAGUUAUUAUAUUAGAAAGAAUAAUGCAAGAAAAGGCGAUAAAAAACAAGAAAAUAACUCCAAAAAAUAUAUAGGCCGUGAGCAGACUCGGUACCAACAUCGCCGUCACCAUACCUGAUAUAAAUGACUAUAAUUUCUUGUAGAAACGUCGUAGAACAUUCAUUCUGGUACCAUUGUGUUGCCAAAGAGUUGAGCUAUUUUUCAGUAUAUAUAACUCAAUUUCCAUAUUUUUUCGAUUUUUCGGUGAGCGCGCGCGGAAAAUUGCCCGCCUCCCCCCUUAAGAAGAAACAUUAUUGAAUAAAAAAUGCUCCAUCUGCUACGUGUAUUUCACAUUAUUAAUGCAGCAUCUCUUUAGUUAACAAUCCUAAUCAUCAUUGGGCUUCUUGCUUGUUUGCAUGUACUAUUAGAGACUGUCAGCUAAACUACUACUUGUAACUAGGCAGUAGUAUAUUGUACUGGAGCAAAUUUCUUUUUAAUAUUUGUACUAUUGUUUAAUCCUCAUUUUAUGAAAGAUACAGUCAUACCUCGUUUUGUCAUUUCGGCUUACAUUAAAUUUACCUUUAGGUCACUUUUCUAGAUUAAAUUUCCAGUCAGCGAAUAUCAUUACGUCUGACAUUAUGUCACUCAGCAAUGUCGACUACAUAAUAAUUAAAGGAUGUAAAAUAAAUUUUUCCUUAAAAAUAUAUUUAAAAUACGUAAAUAAAACACACAGAAUUAACAGUAAAAGAUAAAAGAAGCUAAAAACAAUUUAAAAUACAAUAAAAACACAUUAAAAAUAUAAGAAAAUGUAAACAUAUACAAUAAAAUAUUUACAUCAAAAAACUGUAAACAAAUGUCUGUCAUUACGUAGUUUGCCAUCUUGUUGCAUUGCUGCUGGUUCUCAUUCAGAACAAGGGCAGUGCCAUACACAUUUUUGCCCAUGCUGCAACUGUGUGCUUGUUUUUCCUUUCGCUAUUAUUUUUGUUGUUAUUCCUUUACUGUGUCUGUGUUAGCCAUGGAUCCUAAGAAGGAUAGUGCUAGUGAUUCCAAGCGUAAUUGGUUACGAUGGAAGAUAAGUUAAAUGUGAUUAAAAGGUAUGAAAAAGGUGAAAAAGUGUCGGGUGAAGGUAAAUAAUAUAAUUUUAUUAAUUUUAUUUAUUAUUCUUUACAAAUUAAGACUAAAAUAUUCUUUAAUGUCUUAAUGAGAGUUAAGAUCACAAGCUAAAUAGUAAAAUAAUUUUUUAAUUGUGUUCAUUAUUCUUUAAAAAACAUGACUAAAAUAUGGUUUUAGUGUUCUUUAAAGGUUUAGCGAUAGUUAUAUUCUUUCACAAGUUAUUUAUGCUAGUUAUACAGUGUUGUUUUCAUUUUAAGGUAUUUAUAAGGCAUUACGUCCCAUUUAUGUCAAAAACCGGGUUACGUCAUGGCUCUUGGAACCAUUUAAUGAUAUAGGGAAGGGUAUGACUGUAUUAUAAAAGCAAGUUCACAUUCCUUUAGGUGAUUGAGGAAGGUCAUGUUGUGUUAUUGCUAUUAUAUUCUAUAAAUCAUGUUAAGUAGUAGAUAUUUUUUGUAUUGACAGAGUAAACUACUUUGCUAUAUCUUUCUUCUUUCUUUCAACACACCGGCUGUACCCCACCAAGGCGGGGUGGCCCAAAAGGAAAAACGAAAGUUUCUCCUUUUACAUUUAGUAAUAUAUACAGGAGAAGAGGUUACUAGCCCCUUGCUCCCGGCAUUUUAGUCGCCUCUUACAACACGCAUGGCUUACGGAGGAAGAAUUCUGUUCCAUUUCCCCAUGGAGAUAAGAACUAGAAAGAAAAUAGAAGAAAACCCAGAGGGGUGUGUAUAUAUAUGCUUGUACAUGUAUGUGUAGUGUGACCUAAGUGUAAGUAGAAGUAGCAAGACAUACCUGAAAUCUUGCAUGUUUAUGAGACAGAAAAAUUACACCAGCAAUCCUACCAUCAUGUAAAACAAUUACAGGUUUCCGUUUUACACUCACUUGGAAGGAUGGUAGUUAUGUUAUGUUAAUCUCCAGGGUUUAUUACUUGGACCUCAGCAAUGAGAGUGGCUACUCUCACCGCUGGGCAACGGCAACCAGUGCACAGGACGGUAAUACCUCCCUGGGUGGUUGCUGUCUACCAACCUACUACCUAGGACUUUGCUAUAUAUCAUCAUCUAAACCUUUUGGUGUGAGUUCACUCAUCGUCUCAUCACCGUCUAUGUAUGUGACGUUGAGCAAGAAAGUAAAGUAGAAUUAAAAUAGAAUUCUAGAACUAGUCUGUAUCUGCACGUGUAACAAAUGUUAAAAAUCUAAGAAAUCUUGAGGAUUAUUUACCACUAACUGGACUAUAAUUGGAUCAUAAAUUGUCAUUAAUUGUUAGUAUUUAAAGAAAAUUAUGCCAAUACAGUGUAGUAAACUACCCAUCUGGAUUCUGGGAACUGAAAAAUGUAGAUGCAAUUGGUGAAAUCCAUUCUUUAUAGUAUUAUUUGAUUAUCCCUAUGUUAAAUUUUGAAGAGGAAAACCGCUCCAUAACAUAUACAGUAUGUUUUUAACAGAACAGCUGUCUCCCACUGAGGUAGUGUAACCCAAAAAUAAGAAACACUCACCAUCACUCACCCUAUCACUGUUUUGUGAGAAGCAUUCUAACAUUACAGUUCAGAUGCCCCUUCAAACCACAACAUCCCCACCCUUUCCUCAGAGUGCAGACACUAUACUUCCUAUAUCCAGGACUCAAGUCUGCCUAACUAGUUUCUCUGAAUUCUUUCAUAAAUGUUACUUUGUUCACACUCCACCAGCAUGUUAAGUCAUAAAAACCACUUGCUACCACUUAUCUAACAGGCUUGCACAUGCUUCUUGGAUGUCAAAGCCCCUUUCAUACAAAAUCUCUUUUUACCACCUCCUCCUCCCAGCCUUUCCUAGGAUGACCCCUACUCCUCCUUCCCUCCACUACAAAUUUAUACAGAUUCCAAGUCAUCCUAUUUUGCUCCAUUCUCUAUGAAUAUGCAAACCAUCUCAAUAACCUCUCUGCAUAAUAUUCACACUACACAUUGCCCUCAGACAUGACAUCACUGCUCCAACCUCCUCGUCACUGCAACGUUUAAAACCCAUGGUUCACACCCAUGUAAGACAAUUCCCUUUUUGCCUCCGUGGUUAACAUUCUUUGCCUCUACAACUGCUCAUUGCACCACCCACCUUUUAUCUUUCAUCAGUUCUAUGGUUUAUGUCAUCCUUCAUAGACCCGUUCGCUGACAAGUCCACUCCCAAAUUUCUGAACACAUUCACUUUCUCCAUACUCCCUCCUGCCAAUUUGAUAUCCAGUCUUUCAUUACCUUAAUUUUUUAUUACUCUCAUCACUUUGCUCUUUCCUAUGGUUAAGUCUGUUACUUAUUUUUCAGUGCAGUGCUCUAGUUCAUAAGAUCUUCCCAUAAUACUGGUUUAGUGCUUAAUUCGACAAUAAUACUGUAAUUCUCAUUUUUUGCAUUGCUGUGAAACAAAGUUGUAUUGUGUGGUACAAAAAUUUAUUGCAUAUUAUUUGGAAGGGACCAACAUGCUGUUUGAUAGUGGAAUAACAAAGAUAAGUUCAGUACUUUUCUAAGAUUGAAAAGAGUAUGAGUACAUAAAUUAAUUGCAGGUAUAUUCAUCAUAAUGCAAUGAACUUUUACAUUAUUAGUGACUUUGGUGUUAUUUGUCAGUGUGCUCAGAUGGAAAAAAAAUUUUUUAAUAACGUUUAUAAUAUACCUAUUAGUUAUUUUUUAACUUAGCUGUGAUGUGGUUGAAAGCUUCAUGAAUCAUUCAUUGUGUAUAAACAAUGUUGAAGAUCAUUUGUACAGGUACGGUGUAGUUAAAACAAUAUUAGUGGCUAGUGAAAUUGGUAAGGAUAUGUCUGGUUGUGCUUUGUGUAACAGCAUCAGACAAGGUGGUAAAACAUGAGUCCCACUGAAGGCUUGCUUUGGCUUCAUACAUUUAUGUACCCGAAGUUACAUUUAUGUAACUUCAGGUACUUAUUCGAGUUUGUGGGUGUGAGCUUCAGCUCUCAGACCCAUCGUAUUUCUUAACUUUCAACUGACUGAGUUGAUUGACUCUUAUGUCUAUUUUUUGAACCGCCUUAUGGAGUUUUCUUCCACUGUGUCACUGCCUAGUCAUUCCACUUAAUUCCAUUCUACUGUAGUGUUGAAAGGUACCUACACCAGACUACACUUGCCACUAGUACUGCCUUAAUGAUACUGACUUUAGUCUUUUGUAUUGUAUCUUCAUUGGAGAAAUUUUUUACUCUCUGGUUUAAAUACUUCAUCAAUGCUCAUUUUGUAGGUGAUUUGUGAAGUUCAGCUAGUAAUGUGUGUGUGAAUAUUUAUGCAUAAUUUUUUCUGUCUACCUAUACCAUAAUGAUUUGUGAUUUUUCUAUGAAUAUUACAGUCAUUAAUUGUUAUUUUGUGGGUGACUUGUUCACAUUGAUUUGCUGGUAGACAGCAAUAUGAAUCCCAGUAACUGCCAAUGUUAACCACUCAGGAAGAAGAGAUCAUAUGCAUUGAACAAGGUGCUUCAUAACACAGACCACAACAUAAUUGGAAGGCUGUUGGGUAUAAUGAAGUACAAUAUUAUACAAGAUGCAGUAUUUGUUGGGCUUUGAUGUUUUUUCAGCUAAAUGCUCAAGAACUUGCCAAAUGUUGAAUCAGUCUGGAGAAGCUUUUAUAAAUAAAGUUCUUUCAGUUGCAGUAAAAUUAUAAUUAUGUAUUUCCUUGAUUGCAACCUUCAGUUAGAAAUUGGGUAUGAACAUUAGUAAACGGUUAUAUGUUCAUUUGUAAUCAGCCAACUUUGAGAGAUAUUGGAUGACUGAGAUGUUCUAGAUAUUGUUUUUAAAUUUGUAUUUCAACAGUGUACCUUUAUCUUUGAGCAGUUUUUUUUUUAUAAACCUUCUACACAAGUAAUCCUCUGUUAAUGGUGUUCUGUAUCUUUUUUUUUUAGCAUACAAGAGCAGACAUGUUAGGAAACGAAUUC